GAAACCGGAGGGAGCCUGAACCGCUUCUAGAAAGUUUCCCCAUGUACAUCUGCACCAUUUUAGUUCCGCUUAGUAAUUCAAACAAAGUUUGACUCAGAAAGUACAGGCAGCCACUCUUCUAUCCUGUAAAUCAGUAUGAAAGGCUUUUAUUUAAUAAAAUAGUUCAUAAACCGGGGCGAGUUUUACAGGUGGACCUUUUCUUUGAGCUAGCGUGCAUAGCAUAAUGACCCAGCAAGGAGCUGCGCUACAAACCUACAACAAUGAACUUGUCAAGUGUAUAGAGGACCUGUGCUCUAAAAGAGAAGAUCUGAACAGGUUGAUACAGCAGGAGGAAGCCGAGAAGGCUCGUCUGCAGCAUGACAUCCGCAUGCUGACAGAGAAGUUGAGUCAUGUGAACGAGAGCCUGGCACGCCGUCUCAGUGCCCGUGCUGAAUUUGACCGCACCAUCGCUGAGACAGAGGCUGCAUACAUGAAGAUUCUUGAAAGUUCUCAGACACUUUUGAGUGUUUUGAAGAAGGAGACUGGGAAUCUGACCAAAGCCACUGAGCCAAGAAGCAGCAAAGAUCAUUAAAUAAUGCUGAAGGUUCUCAUCAUCUGCCUGUACUCUGUUCCU